CUUGACAUUCUACACUACGACAUGACGACCAGAUCUUGAACUAAGAACAGAUAAAAGUGGUAUCAUAACUGGAAUAUUUUUUCAAGACUAUGAAAUGAAGCAAUUUUUUGGUUUAUAUACCGAGUAACUUUUGGUUGAUGCAACUUAUAAGCUUACUAAUUUGAGAAUGCCUUUAUACAUUCUUUUGUAGUCGGACCAAAUGGCGAAAGUGAAAUUGCAGCUAUAUUUUUAACUGCAUUAGAAGACUGUGUUUCUCUUUCAACAAUGUUUGAAAUAUUCAAGGAAAAAAAUAUAAACUGGAGUAAGAUAUUAUCUGUUUUUACUGACAAAGACAUGACAGAGCGUGAAUGCAUUAAACAUGCAUUUCCACAAAUUAAUUUAUUGUUGUGUAUAUUUCAUGUUUUGCGUUGUAUGAGCAGAGAAAUAACAAUAUCAAAAAUGAAUAUAUUUAAAGCUCAAAGACUGGUUGCUUUAAAAGCUCUCCAAAAUAUGACAUAUGCAACUACUGAGAAGGAAUAUGAAACGUUGCGUGAUGAGUUUCACAAAGUUAUGCCACUAUCUGUUGUUAAGUAUAUUGAAGUUAAUUGGCAUGCUUGUAGGUUCGAGUGGGUGCAUUGUUGGCAGCAACAAAAUGUAACUUUUGGAGAAUGCACUACUAAUCGUCUUGAAUCUAUUAUUCGUAGAAUUAAAGCUGUUGUUUCUUUGUUAAGUCCUUUACCUAUAUUCUUCAAAGAUUUGCUUACUGUUAUAGCCUGCAUGCGACAAGAAAGAGACAUAAAUAUAUAAAGACAACAGAACGGGUUCCUGUUAGUGCAGUUACAAGUUUUCAAUAUGAACGUGAUUAUAAAAAUAUAUUAAUGCUGUUUGCUUUUUCUUUUG